AUGCAGGAUGGCACACGGAGAACCAAGGCGGCGGCGGCGGGGGCGGCAGAGGCGCCGGAGGCAGCGAACGACGACGAGUCCCCCGCGGCGGCGGUCUCGGUCGCCGAACUGGACUUUGACAAAGUGCUUAAACAUAUCGGCGAAAGGGGCAGCUACCAGUUGUACAUCUACUACUUGUUGUGCAUCCCGGCUACUCUGCCUGCUGCCUGGCUAGCCUUCAUCCAGGCCAGAAUUUUGUAUCCGUCAUUUUUCAAGGAAUCUGGGCCACUUUAUCACGUGUUCGUUUCAGCUUCUCCGGAGCACUGGUGUCGAGUGCCCGGGGCAGUGCUGGACUCGAACCUCACAUUGGGUCACAGGAAGAACCUGACGGUGCCCCGGCAUUUGCGGGACGGUCGCCUGACCUACGAAUCGUGUCGCAUGUAUGACAUCAACUUCACUGACUUGUUCCUCACCACUGGCGCCUGGCCCGAGGACGCCAGUCCACUGUGGCCCACUGCGCCAUGUCGCUUCGGCUGGGAGUAUGAUCACACUGACUAUGACCGUACACUCGUGACUGACCUUGAUGUAGUUUGUGACAACGAAUGGUUGGUGACGACUGCCAGCACAUUUUUCUAUGUCGGAAGCCUGAUCGGAAAUCUGAUCUUCGGUAGAAUCGCGGACAGAAUGGGCAGAAGAACCGCGUUCUUCAUCAUCAUUGGUUGCCAAGUAACCCUUUCAACCCUCACGGCAUUUUCUUCGUCGUACGCCAUGUACACAGUGUUGAGAACUCUGGUUGGGCUGACUUUUCCUGCUGAUUUCCAGAUCCCUUUCAUCCUGGAGAACGGGUAUUGGUGGAUUAUCCCCGAGAGCCCCAGGUGGCUUUUGACUCAGAACAGGAUUGAAGAGGCUGAAGAGAUUGUGCAAAAAAUGGCAAAGGUCAACAAGGUUCCCAUUCCUCCUGGAUACCUCAAGUCCAUGGUUUCCGUGCACAGCAACCACCACAACGCAUUGGUAACACUGCGUAUCUCCACAACUCCAGUAUACAGUUCGAAUGCCCUCAUUUUUCCCUCCCGGAGAAAAGAAAGAUACAAAAAUGUCGGAUUCCUCGCAACUAUGGAUACAUUACCUGCUUAUACUAUCUAA